AUGGCAGGUCCUCCUCCCCCUCCACCUCCUCCUCCUCCAUCGCUCGGCGGUGGUGGCAAUUUGCCUCCUGGUCCACCCCCAGUAAUGCCUGCUGGUCGAGACGCUUUACUAGGAGAUAUUCGAAAAGGAACUAAAUUGAAAAAGGCAACGACAGUUGAUAAGUCGGGCCCUCUUUUGGACGCUAAGGCAUCUGUCGGUGUAUCUUCUCCUGCUGCUUCAAGUGGUGGCGGUGGUAGAUCAUCGAGUUCUUCUGUUCCAGUCGCUCCUCCCUCUGGGGUUCCUCAAUUAGGUGAUAUAUUAGCUGGUGGUAUACCAAAAUUAAAGAAAACUGAUAAUAGAAGUGGAUUGGUGCCUGCUUCGGCCCCAAGUAUUCCAACUCCGCCAUCGAAUAACCUGGCCCCUUCAACGCCGCCAAUACCUUCGAACCUUCCUCCUUCAAUGCCUUCCUCGAGACCGGCUAGGAAACUAUCUGAUAACGUUCCUCCUCCUCCAUCCUCUUCGGCUCCACCACCUCCUCCAGUUCCUUCUUCUGCUCCUCCUCCCCUUUCGUCGAAUAAUAGCAGUGGGUCUUUAAAGGCUCCUAAAAUGCCACCCUCGAGGCCAAAGAAGUCGAGCCAUUUGAAGAAUUCCUCUUCGAUUAAUCGUACUCCGAGCCCAAAUCCUCCUCCGGUUCCUUCUGCUGCUCCUCCACUACCAAACGCACCUCCUCCAGUUCCAUCAUCUGCUCCUCCAUUGCCAGACGCUCCUCCUCCUGUUCCUUCCUCUGCUCCCCCAUUACCGUCUGCUGCACCUCCUGCUGCAAAAGCUUCUUCUUCCUCGCUGUCGGUUCCCCCUGCUCCUCCUCUAGGUAAUUUACCUUUCCUUGCUCAAAUUAAUGCUAAAAGAGAUGAUUCACAUACAAUUGACUCAAAUUCAGUUCCCUCGUCAAAUGCUCCUACGAGAAGCUCAUCUGUAGCUCCUCCGGCUCCUCCUCCACCUCCUCCAGCGCCUGCUCCUUCGUUACCUUCGGGUGGCCCUCCAGCUCCACCUACCCCACCUCCUCCAGCGCCUGCCCCUUCAUUACCGUCUAGUGGUCCUCCAGCUCCUCCUCCACCACCUCCUCCAGCGCCUGCUCCCUCUUUACCAUCUGGUGGUGCACCUCCUCCUCCUCCUCCUCCUCCGGCUGCUCCUUCGGCUGCAAAUUUGUCAAAAAAAUCAACCCCUGCAUCUUCGUCCUCUGCUCCACCGCCUUCUCUUGGAGGUGGAUUACCUUUUCUCGCCGAAAUCAAUGCUAAGAGAAACGAAUCUUACGUUGUGGAUGGUACUUCAAGUGGUGCUUCUACUCUCAACCAAAAUAACUCUAGUACUGCAGCACCGCCACCUAGGCAACCACCUAGUGCACCAUCAAUUCCUUCUCUCAAUAAACCAGCAUCAUCUAUAUCGAAUCGUGCACCUCCAAUCCCAAUUCCAGGUAUGGCUAAACCAAAUAAUUCGACUUCACGUCCAUCUGCUCCAUCCAUUCCAAAGCCAAUACCUACACCCCCUACAUCAUCUGCUCCUCCUGCUCCUCCUGUACCUUCUGUACCCCCAAGUAUAGCACCAACUCCACCUAAAUCAACUCCAGCACCACCCGCUCCACCUCCAGUCAUUCCGUCGUUCCCUCCCCGUGAUAAUUCACCAUCUCCACCCCCUACAUCAUCUGCUCCACCUCCUCCACCUCCAGUGAAUACUGCUCCUCCACCUCCUCCAUCCGAACAAAUACCAUUUUCUGCAAGUCCGUCAUCAACAACUACUUCAUCAGUUUUAUCACCAUUUGCUUCUAAAAGAAAUACCAAAAAAUCUGCUCCUCCACCACCUCCAUCUAAUUUGGAUCAGCAACAAUCCACCGGACAAUCUUUGCGGAAAAUUUCUGCUCUGGCUUAUACAAUUAACGCUGCAUCAAGAAAUGGUGGUGGAUCAUCAUCAGGAAAAACUGUUAUCGAAGACAAAGAAAACAGGUUCAAGUUCGUCAACGCUAAUUCACUUCCUAACCCUAGAAGAUUUGGGGAAAGGGGCGAUAAGGCUAAGCUAUAUCCUAGUGGUAGAGGCUCUUCUGUGCCAUUGGACUUAAGUUUAUACAAUUGA